GCCCUGACGUGAGCAAGAAGAUGGCAGCGUCCGCGGUCUGCCGGGCGGCUGGCGCCGGUGCGCGGGCCCUGUUGCACGCCCGUGGCUCGCCGGCCCUGCUGAGGGCGCCUGCCCUACGGGGCACGGCCACCUUCGCCCAGGCGCUCCAGAACGUGCCUGAGACGCAGGUCAGCCUGCUGGACAACGGGCUGCGCGUGGCUUCGGAGCAGUCUACCCAGCCCACCUGCACGGUGGGAGUGUGGAUUGAUGCUGGCAGCCGGUACGAGACUGAGAAGAACAAUGGGGCAGGCUACUUUGUGGAGCAUCUGGCGUUCAAGGGAACAAAGAAUCGCCCUGGCAGUGCUCUGGAGAAGGAGGUGGAGAGCAUGGGGGCCCACCUUAAUGCCUACAGCACUCGGGAGCACACAGCUUACUACAUCAAGGCGCUGUCCAAGGACCUGCCGAAAGCUGUGGAGCUGCUGGCUGACAUCGUGCAGAACUGUAGCCUGGAAGACUCGCAGAUCGAGAAGGAGCGUGACGUGAUCCUGCGGGAGCUGCAGGAGAACGAUGCGUCCCAGCGGGAUGUGGUCUUUGACUACUUGCAUGCCACUGCGUUCCAGGGCACGCCCCUGGCCCAAGCUGUGGAGGGUCCCAGUGAGAACGUCAGGAAGCUGUCGCGUGCAGACCUGACAGAGUACCUCAGCAGGCAUUACAAGGCCCCUCGAAUGGUGCUGGCAGCAGCUGGAGGGGUGGAGCACCGUCAGCUGCUUGACCUUGCCCAGAAGCACUUCAGCAGUGUUUCUGGGACGUACGCGGAGGACACCGUGCCCACUGUUGAGCCGUGCCGCUUCACUGGCAGUGAGAUCCGCCACCGCGAUGAUGCCCUGCCCCUGGCCCAUGUGGCCAUUGCAGUGGAGGGGCCUGGCUGGGCCAACCCGGACAACGUGGCCCUCCAAGUGGCCAAUGCCAUCAUCGGCCACUAUGAUUGCACCUAUGGUGGCGGCAAGCACCUGUCCAGCCCACUGGCUUCAGUUGCUGCGGCCAACAAGCUGUGCCAGAGCUUCCAGACCUUCAACAUCUGCUACGCAGAAACGGGGCUGCUGGGUGCGCACUUUGUCUGCGACCGCAUGACCAUUGAUGAUAUGAUGUUCUUCCUGCAAGGCCAAUGGAUGCGCCUAUGUACCAGUGCCACAGAGAGUGAGGUGGCACGGGGCAAGAACAUCCUCAGAAAUGCGCUGGUAUCUCAUCUGGAUGGCACCACCCCUGUGUGUGAGGACAUCGGACGCAGCCUUCUGACAUACGGCCGCCGCAUUCCCCUGUCUGAGUGGGAGAGCCGAAUUUCGGAAGUGGAUGCCAGGGUAGUACGUGACGUUUGCUCCAAGUACUUCUAUGACCAGUGUCCAGCAGUGGCUGGAUUUGGCCCCAUCGAGCAGCUCCCAGACUACAACCGGAUCCGUAGUGGCAUGUUCUGGCUGCGCUUCUAGGCAGGAAGCCUGUGCAGGCAAGAGGGCGGGGCCGAGGCGCAUGGUCCCCCCCACCACACAUGCCAGCCUGGCUCCUCAUAUCCUCACAAGAAGGGGGUGUGCUGCACGUUAGCACCAAUAAAGUCCAGUGUUGAGA